CGCACGCACACGCAUCCGCCGUUGGGAGUUCGACCAAACCGCGAAGCGAAGCGAGUCGAGACGCCAGUCGCCGCCGUACACGUCGACCUAGGGUUUCGAUGGAGCCCGCCUCCUCCUCGUCGUCGUCGCCGCAGGUGGCGGGGAGGAGGGUGCCGGAGGUUGCGGCGGAGCUGAGGCUGCGGAAGAGGACGCUGGAGACGGUGCUGGAGCAGUGCCAGCGCGCGCUCGAGAUGAUGCGCGAGGCCGAUCUGGGCAUCGCCGAGGAGGAGGAGGAGGAGGAGGAGGAGGGCGCCGGCGCCGAGGUGGCGAAUCCGGAGGAGGUGGGGGGCAGCCGCGCUGCCGGCGAAGGGUGUGACGAGGGUGCGCCGCCGUCGUCUCCGCCGUCGGAUGCUGACUACGAGACGGACGAGUUGUGUGAUCUUCUCAAAUCAAGGGUUGCAUCGCCUGAAUUUCUCGAAAAACUAGACAAUAUUCAUAAGUCGGUAUAUCAAAAUGGUGCAGAUGAAACUAUAUCCUGGGAUAUUAUAAGUUCAGCAGAUAUAUGGGACGACAAGGGCAUGAACAUAAGUGAUGAUUCAGAGGAUGGAUAUGUUCUCAUUAAACAAGAGGACAUAGUUGACGGGAUCGCAAGCUUCAUGGCUGCAUACUUGCUGUCACUGAAACAAACUAAGGACUUGACACCUAAUCAACUUCAACAAGCUCUUAGCAAGACCUUUUCAACUAAGAAGAGAAAAGGCAAGCUUCAGAAGGCAUGGGAUGGAACAAAAGUUAUUUAUAAUAUAGCAUCAUGGAGUGCAACAGCUAUUGGUAUCUACCAGAAUCCAGCAAUUCUAAAAGCAGCGACGGCUGCCUUUUGGACUUCCUGCCGUGUAGCAUCCAAGUUUCUGUGAAGUCCAUUGCUUCGUUGGGGAGGUGUGUACAUUGUGUGAUUACGGCAAGGAUGUCGCUUCCCCGCAUCUCCUGUCAAGGGGAAGCACUCUUGCCAAAACCUUGUGGUACACUCAUUAUAUGAUGUAAUUCUAUCGAGAUCAUCCAUCGACAAGUUCACGGAUUGAUUGACAAUUAGACCAA